AUGAGAACAACGAAAGUUCGCCCCCCUCAGACAGUCAAAGACAAGAUGUCGUUUGCCCAGACUGUCGCACUAAUUCUAAUGGUGUCCAUCUGUUUUCCAGCAUCUAUGACACGGUACCAAACAACAUCAAUUCCUCUUUCGGAAAAUUUUCCAAAGGCAUUUGACCUACUCCCGUCGCUCUGUGUGUUACUCUUAUUAAGCGGGCUAAGGUAUUACUUCUCGAAGCGUUUUUUUCAGCCGAUGGGGGAGUGGUGUAUUUCAAAGAAGAAAUAUGGCGACAAAAUCCGAAGAGAACGAGUUGAGCGGUUUUCACAUUGCGUCUUCAAGAAUUUGUACUUUUUUGUCACCGCACCACUUGGUGUCUUACUAUUCAAAAAUGAGGAUUGGGUCCCAAGGGUACUCUUCGGCGUGGGGAAGGGUGACAUCUCCCGUGUAUGGGAUAACUUUCCAGCAACACAACAAACAAAGUACCUUGCUUUGUUUUAUAAUUGGGAAUUGGGGUACCACCUUCACUCCUUGUUCUUUCAUUUGUUUUCUAACCCACGAAACGACUUCUUCGAAACACUAUUACACCACCUGUGCUCCGUGUUUUUGAUGACUUUUUCGUACACAAACAAUUGUGGAAGAAUUGGAGUGUUGGUUUUGCUGCUCCACGACAUCGUUGACGUGUUUAUGUACUUCUCGAAAUGGGCUAUCGACCUACAAAACGUAAAACCGGGCGCUCUCUGUUUUGUGUUUCUCACCUAUGCAUACGCCAAACUCAGACUGUUUGUAUUCCCAGUCUACAUAAUCCCGGCUGGGGCUGUUGCUAUUAACUUUGUUCCAGACACCGUUGCGCUGAAAUAUCCGACAUACAUUCUCUUCAUGGCGAUGUUAUUGUCAUUGCUUGGGCUUCAUAUAUAUUGGUACUACUUAAUCAUGAAAAUGUUGGUCAACCUCCUUAAAGGGAACGGAGCUCGUGACAUUCAUUCCAUUGUCGAAUAG